AAAAUAAGAAGAAAAGAAAGACAAAGUCUAUUUUGUAGUCAGUACUCUAGCGAGCACAGUGUCAGUAAAAUAAGUUCGUUUCCUGUUAAAUUAUUUUGGAUUCGUAGUUAAUCGCAUAUUUCUGGGAAGUUCAUUACCUACCACUGGCAUGUUCAUAGAAUGUGUGCGGAUCAACUGAUUUGAUUUUGCAUCCAUUAUUGAUAACUACUCAUUGUGCAUGGGCGUUUAAUCGAGGUGGACGCUUAAAAAAACUAGGCGCUUAUAAAUUUUUCUCAAUUUUGUACAAAAUAAAGACAACGGUAAUCUUCUUUUUUUUUUCUUUUUACUGAAAAGUAAAACUGAAUAAAAGAUGUAACAAAAUGAAGUUUUUUAGUCCUUCUUGUUUUUUUAGAUUUGCUUUCUCAAGAUAGUUAACGCCCUUUUAUCAGGUGAGCGCUUAUUCGAGGGAGGAGAGCCUAACAAGUGUUGGGCGCUUAUUGAACUUUGAGGAAAUUACCUGGGCAGUUAUUCGAGGCGGGCGCUUAAAAAAUGUUGGGCGCUUAAUCGGAUCAUUAAGGUAACUGUUGUCAUAAAAAAUUUGAAAACACAAAUAGACGUGAAUUGCUUUAUAUCUUUAAUCACAAAAAUGAAAAUGCGUCCUAAAAAUUUAUCAUCUUCAAUUCGCAAAAUUUAAUUCACACAAGAAAAAAAAUUCAUUUUUUUACUUUUUGUCUUUUUAUCGAUCCCUCCGAUCAAUGACGUAAGAAAUUAAUCAUAAACGUUCUCACCUUCGUUUCCAGGGAUUUGUGCUUUUUUAUAUCAGAAAUCCUUUGGAACGAGGGUGAAAGGUUCGUUAAUGCAUCACCAUACCAAUGUAAUUUUAUCAAUAGAAUUGUUACAAAAUUCUUUCUUAAUGUUUAAUUACUGUAAUUAUCUCGAAUUGGUGUUUUUGUGAAAUGCCAGUGCCAAUGCUUAUUCAGUGCGAACGCGCACCUAAGUCGUAAUGACUAUCACGUUAGGAUUGGAUGAAAUCAAAUCAAUUUCAUUUUGGAGAGCAGUCGCUGCUGAGUUUGUUGGAUGCAUCUUUUUCUUACUUUGUGUAACAUCAGUUGCUUUAAGUUGGGGAAAUUCACCAGUAUCGGUUUCAUCAAACAAUGUUGAAAUUGGAAUAGGAAUAGGGUUGUCUAUCGCCUCGCUCGCUCAAGCAUUUGGUCAUGUUAGUGGAGGACAUUUAAAUCCUGCUGUGUCACUUGGUAUGAUUGUUGGAGGAAGAAUCUCCAUCAUAAAAGGCUUACUUUACAUCGUGGCUCAAUGUGUUGGAGGAAUUGCAGGAUCUGCUCUAACCUACGCAUGUACACCUUACAAAUGGCAAGAUUCACUUGGUGUUACAAGUUUACAUAAAGAUGUUAAAGUCGGACAAGGAUUUGGCAUGGAACUGCUCUUCACUUUCUUGCUCGUAUUUUUUGUGUUCUCCAUAACUGAUCCGAAAAAGAAAGUAGAAGCAUAUGGAACAACAUUGGGUAUUGGUGUUGUUAUUUGGGUAUGCCAUGUGUGCUUGAUCCCGUUUACUGGAUGCGGCAUAAAUCCGGCGCGUUCUUUUGGACCAGCGGUUGUCAUGAAUAUAUGGGAUGAUCAUUGGAUAUACUGGGCUGGUCCUAUGCUUGGAGGUGUAUUAGCUGCAAUAACGUACAAUUUUCUCUUCUACGCUAAAGAACAACGAUACGAAGUUUCGGAUAUCAACAUGAAAGAAAAAACGAGUGCAUAAAAAGAAUGUUACUACCAUAACAUGCACUUCAAAAUAAUCCUAACACGUGUUUAUUUACCUCCUCUUUUUUGCAUCUUUGAAGGAAGGUGAAUCAAAUGAAUAUUGUAUAUAAUACUUUUCUCACUCAAAAAAAAAAAAUUUAUAUAAUUUUGUUAUUUAAUAACCUUGUUCCCAGCGCAUGUUGUCUCUUUUUUAUACAGAAGAUACAGGAUGCUUUGGCAACAGGUUGGUUAUUUAACUUAAAGUUGAAUUAGCUAGUUGUUACCUAAAUUAGUUGUUUAAAA